AUGACUGAUCGAGCAACAUCGCCAUCCAAGCAAGAAUCACCACGAGGCGCCAUGGAUCCUCCAGCAACACCAGGUCCGGGUCAAAGCACUAACGACCCGACCUCGAUGCCCACCCCCACACCCGCAACUUCGACACCAGGCCGACGUGACCACACACUCCUUCCAGGUACUCCGCAAGCAUCCAACAGCCCUUUUCCGGCUCGCGCGCCCCGCACUCCCGGAGGCACAUCAUACACACUUUGCACGGUCGACGAGUCACAGUAUAGUAGGGUGACCGUACAUACGGCCAAGUGUACUGAGUGCGACAAGCGCAACAUGGAUACCAUGCGGCGCUGCCCAGGCUGCACAUUCCAAGUUUGCCAACCGUGUUAUGAAAAGCGCUUGCGGGAUAGCAAAGGCCUCCUUCAUGGUAACAUGGCGAGUCCAGGUAUGACUGGAGUCGGUUUCGUCGCUAGCAGCGGAGGCAGAGCGGUGAGGAAGAAGCCAUUUCCGAGCACACCUGGAAGCAAGAGCACAGAGAAGAAGGUCGACAAGGUCGAAGAACAGGAGGAAGAGUCCAGUUCCACGACGGAGGAGCCUGCCCCAGUUGCGCAGAAGUCGUCGGGAAAGAAGCGCGCGAUCAAGAAGAGGGCUCUUGUUGCGGAUAGCGAGGCUGAAGAGUCUUCCGAGGAUAACUUUGAGCCAGAUGACACCUCUCCAACGCCUAGCAAGCGCCGUCGUACUGGCCGCCGUCGAUCUGAACUUACCUUUGCCGAGAGCGCCCUUGCUACUGCUCUCCCGGCACCACCCGCUACACGUGCAACUAGGAAAUCACUCUCAGCUCUUACAUACCGAGCUCCAUCAUCCCCAGGCUCUAACCCUGUCAACGCAGGCACCUCGGUCGGUUAUAGGCCAAGUGAAUUCCUAGGCAGCGACUUCGAGGGCGACAAAGACCUCUUUGACGUUGGCAUCAAACCAUACAAGGACCAGCCGUUGUUGGCUCGCCGCGAGCCUGUCAGGUUGAACCCGGCUGGCAGGAUUCCCGACAUUAUCAAGCGAGGUGGACAGCCCAGAACAGAGAAUCAGACGUACGAGAACAUCCAGGCGCGACUCCGAGCGAAGAUGCAACAGAACCAGGCACACGAAACAGUCCAAGAAGAAACUGUAGCUCGCUUGGCUGAGCAAAGCAAGAAGACUAAACAGGAUGUAGACUCGCAAACUGUUGGAGCGUUCGUGGAGAAGGAGGCAGCUAGGUACCAGAACGUCGAGACCAUGGACGAAGACGAGAACGAGGCCAUCUUCGGCGCCAUGAAGAGUGCCGCACUGGUCUGGAGCAAACACACGUACAAGAAGCUGGAUCCGGAGAUGCAUUGUAUGGUGCAACCAGGCCUGAAGCUACGUCUUGAUCUUAUCAACAAGACGUUUCGGGAGGAGCUAGCGAAGUUGAUGGAUGAGCAUGCUGACCGUGUCUUAUCGGGAUUGGGCAUCAUUGACAAGAAGCCUGUGACGGCUCCACCAGAUCAACUGUUCAAGCCAGCCUAG